AAGGGUAGCGGGUUCGCCUUCUGGGAGUGCAGUCGCCUCUUGGGCAGGGCCUGGGAAGGCUCUUGUGCUUCCCUUGGUCGUCCCUCCCGUUGACCCUUCUGCUCUGCGCCCCUCCUGGGGCGGUCUCCUGCCGGGUGGUUUUGGCCGAGGACCUUCUCUGUCCCUGAAGAGCUGUGUCUUGCCCGCCGACGGAAAGCAUGUUAAUGAAGAGACGUGGAUUUCGGGGCCGCGACGGCCUUAUUGUCACCAACCCUACGCCCCUAGCCACGAAUGUAACCCGCCUCAAUCUGCAUCCUCAACCAUCUUGACCAUGAAACCCUCGGGCACGCCCCUCCAGAAGCUGUUAUCCAAGACAAUCUAGUUUUCUUUUAUAAAUCCUUUCAGAUACUUAUGAAGUUUCUUGUCCUGAAAUUGUUGUACUGCAAUGAAGAAAAGGAGAAAGGUUACUUCAAAUCUUGACGAGAAAAUCCAUCUAGGCUAUCAUAAAGAAUCUUCAGAAGGCAAUGUUGCAGUGGCGUGUGACCAAGUAACCUAUUCUCAUUCCACAGAAAGACCAACUCCAGAAUCUCUUCGCUGUUUCCAGGAACUUCCUCCCUCUCCAGAUCAGAGAAAACUUUUGAGUUCUUUGCAGUAUAAUAAGAAUUUGCUGAAGUAUUUAAAUGAUGAUAGGCAGAAGCAGCCAUCUUUCUGUGACUUACUUAUAAUAGUAGAAGGAAAAGAAUUUAGUGCACAUAAAGUUGUUGUUGCUGUUGGCAGUAGUUACUUUCACGCAUGUUUAAGCAAAAAUCCAAGCACAGAUGUUGUCACCCUGGAUCACGUAACACACUCCGUUUUUCAACAUUUGCUUGAAUUUCUUUACACAUCAGAGUUUUUUGUGUACAAAUAUGAAAUACCUCUUGUUUUAGAGGCUGCAAAAUUUCUGGACAUUAUAGAUGCAGUUAAACUGCUAAAUAAUGAAAAUGUUGCUACUUUUCAGUCUGAGCUAACUGAGAAGUCAUCAGCAGAGGAAACACUAAAUGAAUUAACUGGAAGACUAUCAAAUAAUCAUCAGUGUAAAUUUUGUAGUAGGCAUUUUUGUUACAAAAAGUCUUUAGAGAAUCAUUUGGCUAAAACCCACAGAUCCCUUUUAUUAGGGAAAAAACAUGGGUUAAAAAUGCUAGAGAGAAGUUUUUCUACAAGAAGAUCAAAAAGAAAUAGGAAGUGCCCUGUUAAGUUUGAUGACACCAGUGAUGAUGAGCAAGAAAGUGGUGAUGGGUCAGACAAUUUGAAUCAAGAAAGUUUUGAUAAGGAAAAGUCCGACAGAAAUGAUUCUGAGGAUCCUGGAAGUGAAUAUAAUGCUGAAGAUGAUGAGCUAGAGGACAUGUCAGAUGAAUACUCUGACAUUGAAGAGCACAGUGAAAAAGAUCAUGAUGCAGAAGAGGAACCUGAGGCUGGUGAUUCUGUAGGAAAUAUUCAUGAGGGGUUAACUCCUGUAGUCAUUCAAAACAGUAACAAAAAAAUUUUGCAGUGUCCUAAAUGUGAUAAAACAUUUGACCGAAUAGGGAAAUAUGAGAGCCACACACGUGUUCACACAGGUGAGAAGCCCUUUGAGUGUGAUAUUUGUCACCAGCGAUAUUCGACAAAGUCUAACCUAACUGUUCACAGAAAGAAGCACAGUAAUGAAACAGAAUUUCAUAAGAAGGAGCACAAGUGCCCUUAUUGUAAUAAACUUCAUGCAAGCAAGAAGACUUUAGCCAAGCAUGUUAAGAGAUUUCAUCCUGAAAAUGCUCAAGAAUUUAUUUCUAUUAAGAAGACUAAGAGUGAAAGUUGGAAAUGUGAUAUUUGUAAGAAAUCUUUUACUCGAAGGCCACACUUAGAGGAACAUAUGAUUCUACACUCUCAAGAUAAACCUUUCAAGUGUACCUAUUGUGAAGAACAUUUCAAAUCACGAUUUGCACGGUUAAAGCAUCAAGAAAAAUUCCAUCUGGGUCCUUUUCCAUGUGAUAUAUGUGGUCGCCAAUUUAAUGACACUGGAAAUUUGAAACGCCAUAUAGAAUGUACCCAUGGUGGAAAGAGAAAAUGGACUUGCUUUAUCUGUGGAAAAUCAGUACGAGAAAGAACUACUUUGAAAGAACAUUUGAGAAUCCAUAGUGGAGAAAAGCCUCAUCUUUGUAGUAUUUGUGGGCAAAGUUUUCGUCAUGGAAGUUCGUAUAGACUUCAUUUACGAGUACAUCAUGAUGAUAAAAGAUACGAGUGCGAUGAAUGUGGGAAAACAUUUAUUCGUCAUGACCACCUUACAAAGCACAAAAAAAUACAUUCAGGUGAAAAGGCUCAUCAGUGUGAAGAAUGUGGAAAAUGUUUUGGUCGUAGGGAUCAUCUCACCGUUCAUUACAAAAGUGUGCACCUUGGAGAGAAAGUAUGGCAAAAGUAUAAAGCAACAUUUCAUCAAUGUGAUGUUUGUAAGAAAAUUUUCAAAGGCAAAUCAAGUCUAGAAAUGCAUUUUCGGACACAUUCAGGUGAAAAACCAUACAAGUGUCAGAUUUGCAAUCAAUCUUUUAGAAUUAAGAAAACUUUAACAAAACACCUGGUUAUUCAUUCUGAUGCCCGACCUUUCAACUGUCAGCACUGUAAUGCAACAUUUAAGCGGAAAGACAAGCUGAAAUACCACAUUGACCAUGUUCAUGGCAUAAAAUCUCCUGAUGAUCCUCUCAGUACUUCUGAGGAAAAACUUGUAUCUUUGCCAGUAGAGUACUCAUCUGAUGAUAAAAUCUUUCAAACAGAAACAAAACAAUAUAUGGACCAGCCCAAAGUUUAUCAGUCGGAAGCCAAGACUAUGUUACAGAAUGUAUCUGCUGAAGUAUGUGUUCCAGUAACAUUGGUUCCAGUUCAGAUGCCUGACACUCAGAAUGAUCUGGUGCGUCACACUACCACACUUCCACCAUCUUCUCAUGAGAUCUUGUCACCACAGCCACAAUCAACUGAUUAUCCACGAGCAACUGAUUUAGCUUUUCUGGAAAAGUACACUCUUACUCCUCAACCUGCAAACAUAGUUCAUCCAGUCCGACCAGAACAAAUGCUAGAUCCUAGAGAACAUUCUUAUCUUGGAACAUUAUUGGGCCUUGAUAACACUACUACUGUACAAAAUAUUUCUAAUAAUGAGCAUCAUUCAUGAGUAAAUCUAAACAUUCCACAGACUUAUUUUGAUGGUAAUUUGCUAAUGGUAGCCUAGAGCUGAUGACUUUUAGUAGGGCUGCUAUUUUCUCUAGUUUCUCAAGACCUCAGAACCAUUUCAAAUCAAGAAAAAAAAGUAUCUGUUUACCAAGAUACAUGCUUGGAAACAUUUUCAGGCAUAAAUAAUAUUUGAAGUGAACCUUUUUUUGUGAUUUUUAAAGAUUAGAAGUAAUUUUUAAUGAUUUCUCAAACUUUUCAGAAUUAUUAGCUACUACAUUAUAUGGGUAUUUUUUUUAAUUGUAAGUGAAAAUUUUUACUCUUCUUCAGUCUCAUUUCUCCUUUGCCCAUCUUCCAAACAAGUUUAAAGAUGAUGUAGCCUUUAAGAAAGAAUAUAAGACUAUACUGGUAUUUGCAACUGUUCCUGAUACUAGUUUAAGAGUCACUGUUAUUUCUUCCAGAUUUUGAAAAUUGAAAUUAGGAAUUUGUAUUUAUAAGAAAGUCUUGGAUAUUUCUGUGUUAUCAUUAUCCUUUGGACUUUUGAUAAACUGUAUGUCAGAAAGCUUACUGAUAAAAGAUUAGCUUGUUAAAUGUAAUGUCCAGUUGGAACAAUUACCCAAAUGAUUGUUUUUUGCCUAUACUUCAAUUAUGAAUAAGAAAUGCAAAUAUAGGACUUAGGCAUUAACAAGUUGAAAAUAUGUUAAAGUAAAAGAUGCCAGUUUUAACUAGCUAUCUUUCAAAGUAAGUUCACCUUUUGUAUUUUUUCAUUUAUUUCAGAAGCACCAACAGUAUUUCACAGUAUCUAUCUUCAUCUCACUAACAAGGGACAGUUAUAACUAAUUAAUGAAAUUUUAUGAACAGGCUAUUUUUGGUCUCAGUUACCUUGGCUAAUUGAAACUCUGGGAAACAGGACCUAGAUAUUUCAUGUAUAAUUGUUAGAAAUGGUGCCAAACAAAUGAUAAAACUCUCAUCUAACUAAACUUAAUGCUGUUUACUUUAAUCAAAGGGAACCACUAUUUGUAUACAGAUUUACAUGUAAUCUAGAUCUUUAUUUUUGCUUUUCAUAUACGCCAAAUGUCUGUAAUUACUCUUGAUUUUUAUUUUUAUAUGGGAUAAAAGAUGAGGACUUGGUGAAAGAAACUAGCAGUUACAGCAAAACCUCACUGAAUAAGAUUAAUUGAGGAUAAAAUCAGUCAAAAUUAUAAAAUACUUUUGAAGAUGUGCACUUUCCAUAUUUUCAAGUCAAUUUAAACUUAAACUAGGAUAAUGUUUCCUAGUAGAGCUGCUUGAAGGAUUAGAAUAGGCAGGGUUGCUUUAUUAUUUGCAUGACAUUUGUAGGUAAACUACUGGAAAAAUAGCAAUUUUAAGAGUUUUCUCUUUCAGUUUUGUUUACACUCCUAAUUGCUUUAAGCACUUUUUUGUGUGUAAACUGUUAAGUCUGGCCCAACCCUUGUGAAAAAAUAUCACAAAUAAAAUAAUUAACUUUUAAUGAAUAAAAUUUAACCCCUUAAUGAAUAAAACUGUUUGCUGAAGCACUUAAGAAAGGAAGGUACUUAAGGAAAUAUUCACCAUACUAGUGAAACUAAAGGAAAAGAAAAAAAUGUUGAGAAUUGAGGCAGUUAACCAAAGUAACUCAUAUAAAUAAUAAAACCUCAUUGGCCUCAUUUAUAAUUAAUGUAUUCUUUUUAAAGCAUUCUUAACUUUUGUGUGGAAAUGUUAUAUCUGGGGUACUUAUAUGAAAGAACUUGAUUACAUGUGGUACUAUUAGUCUUUCAAUUUGACCUUUUUAAAAAUAUACAUCUUUAUGACUUUUGUCAUAAAGACUUGCAAGAUUUUAAUUAAAAAAUCCUACUAGACUGAAACAAAAACAUACUUAAAAAAUGUACCCUACCUUACAGAUAAGCCUACAUAGAAAAAGUGGGACUUAAAAAAAGGCCAAUGGUAAAUAUGUGUAUGUGUAUGGUAUACAAUGUUUGGUAGCAGAAUAAAACGUUGUUGCGUUUUCACUUUGAAAAGAAUAGUAUGCUUUUUGAAGAUAUUUAGGAUUCUUUUAAUAAUAAUCUAAUUCUUUUAACGAUAUGAUUUGAUUGUAGGAAUUGGUUUACAGUAUAGAACUUUCCUGAAUACAUCUCGUAUAUAAAGUGGAAUAUAAUUGUGUUUAGUUAUUAUUGUAGCUAACUUAAUAGUGGUUUACUGUUUUGUAAAUUCUUUCACAUACAUUUUCUCAUGUAAACCUCAUAACCAGUUUUGAAGUAGAAUCAACAUGCUGUAUUUCCAUUUUAGAGAUAAAGAACUUGAGAUUGAUAAAAGAACUUGAUAAAGCUCAUAGUUAAGUGGCAGAGCUACAAGUAAGGGAAGAAAGCUAGCAUUAAUGAAUGCUUAUUGUGUGCCAGGCACUACAUUUCUCAUGUAAUCUUAAACAGUCUGGGAGGCAGGUAGGACAAUUCUUGCGAAGAAAUAGCCUCAGUGAGUAAGCAAACAGAAAAAACUGCUGCCUCUGAUUUCCAAAUUAGAAUAUAAGUUAUUUUUAAAUUGUGAAACCUCAUGGAUUUGGGCAAACUGAAUGUAUAUAAGGUUUUUAAAUUGGCAAAAAAAAAAAAAGUAUGAAGUGAGGCCUAUACUUUUCAGUUAACCUUUUGCAAUAUUUGAGCAAAUUUUUCUUUAACUCUAAAAUCCAUGAAUUCUAUAACUGAAAAUUUUGAAUCUUGCAACUAAUUUCAGCCUCAUUUAGAAUUUUUUAUUUUAUAAGCAUAAUUUAUUGCUUUAAAUUAAUUUUAGUUGAUAGCAGUUAGCACUUAAUAUGUAAAUUGAAUAAUUUAUCAAGUGUAGAAAUUUGUUAGUGUAAAUUGGUUUUUACUUAAAUGCACCAAAGAUUUUUAGUAGGUAUUAAAAAAAUUUAAAGAAUUUAAAUUCUUUGUUGUUUGCAUAAAUAUCUGUCCAAAGAAGCACAGUUGAAGUCCUAGGAUUAUGAAUUUUUUAAAAAAUCAUUAGUUUGAAUACUAAGAUUAAGUAUUAAGUGUUUGUGUUUAUAUGUGUAAAAAUAAGAACAGAAGAAAUACUCUGGGAAUAGUCAUACUGACAAACCAACUACAAGUAAAAAUACUCAGUUUUCUUUAGUUUAAUUAAUUGAAGGUUAUCUUUUAAGUUGACACUAUCACAUGCUAAGUAAUAUACUUAUUUUUUACACUACACUAUUAAAAUAAUUUUGCCUUAGAUUUUUUUUAAGACAAUUUGAAGUUAUUUUUGUAAGACAAGAAACCUAAUCUUUUGCAGCCUAAAAUCUCAUUUUAGGUUAGGUUUGUUCUUACAGUAAGAUUUAACCAACAACUGUAAAGGUAUUGAUCUUUGCAUCCAUUAAUUGCUGAGAGAAGUGGAGUAGCAAAAAUAGGGUUUUAAAUUGGUGCUUUAUAAAGUGACAUCCAUUUAAGUGAUGGUAGGUCAUGAAAUAGGUACACUAAUAAUUUUCUGUCAACCUUCAAAGUGUCAAAACAUCUUUGCAGAGUGACUAUAAACCAUUAGUUAAGGGCUAAUAUGUAAUUAAAUAUUAUUCAUUGCUUUUCACUCUAUAGUUGCAAAUGAAUUUAAAAACAAACUGUUAUGUUUAUAAGUUUGAAUUCUCUUCCUAUGAGAUCAUUCUAAUAUGUCAUUGAUGAAAAGUCAGAUUUGGAGCAGUAACUCUUUGACAGUGUCCUUUUUAUACCCAGUAUUUUCUGGAUUGAAUGCUUUGUGCCUUUUCAAUGUGUUGUAGUUGCUUAGUGUUGUUCCUGCUGGUUAGAUUGUACUUGUUAGUAAAUAAUUUUGUUGUUAUGACUUUUAUGUUUGUGUUACCUGCUGGUCAGGAACACUUUUUUGGAUGCUUUAUGUUUAUGUAGGGAAACUGGCACUAAGUACUAGUAUGAACAUUUGUUUGUUUAAUCUCAAUUGUGGCCUUUAUAGUUACUGUGAAGCCACUCCUGGGCCUGUCUCUAGAUACUUAUUAGAGGAAUCUGACCAAAAAAAAAAAAAAUGAGUGGUCUGUCUGCCUCUCUGUUCCUCCCUCCUAGCCACCCACCCUUUCAAAAGAACACAUAAUCACACUGAAAGCCUUCUUAUUUCACUUUGCCUAAAACUGAACAAGAGAUGAUGCUUUCAGGUGAGUUUCUCAUUAGGAGCAGCCACACCCCAAAUAACUUACAACUUGAGUUGAUGAACUCAGGAAAAAAUCAGACUUGAAAAGUCAUAUUUGAUUAUCUCUAAGAUUCGUGCCAAAUUUGAAAUGUGUUCUUUAAUAAGGAGUAAGUAGCAUUUUUGAAACUUUCAAUAGUAAAUGUAAAUGUUAUUUGCUAUUGAGAGUGAAUAAUGGGUAAUGUGAGCAUAAUUUUCUAAACAAUUUUUAGCAACUAUGGACAGUUCUUCCCUUUUGCACAUUUCUCUCAGUAAAGUCUCAGUAAAGUUUUUUUGGGGAGAGGGGUCACCCUCUUACUUCCCCUAAGAUUAUUUCUACUAAAAGAUACUUAUAUGCUAGAUUAUUAGCAUGCUUUCUGCUCUUCCUCUGUGGAAGUAGCAUUUAAAGUAGAAGUAAUAGGGUUAGGUUGUGGAACGAUGAGAGAAACACUAUUUUGGUAGAAAGAGUGCCUAUGCUUUGUUUACUCAUGUUUCAACUUGCCGUGUAUGGACGUUAAAGUCUAUAACUAUUGAGAAAUCUCAAAACAUUUUAAAUUUAGCCUCUGCAGCCAUUUAUACAUAAAGAAAUUAAGAAGUAUUCAGAGAAUAGAGAUUAUACAAGGAUGAACAGACCGCUUUUUUUUUUAACUCAAAUUCGUAGGUAAAGAAAUAAUUCAGUCCUUGUUACUAUUAGAGAUUCAAAAAUAUUUCUUGAAUGAAGAGCAUGUGUGCAUCUCAAUGUUAUUUUACCUAUUUGCUUUGUAUUCCUGCUUGUGUUCAUUUGGACAGUGUACUGUGGUGUAAUUACAGUUUUGAUUCCAACAAUCAGACUCUUACCCCUAUAGAUGAUACUGCAUUACAGUUGGUGAUUAGGGCUGCCACGAAAAUGAGUAGAGAGGUGGGCAUUUAGUUGCUCCAUGUUGUACAGUAAAUGUUCUGAUUAAGGGGAUUUAUGAUGUACAUUAAAGUGGAAAUGCUUUUGAAUUUCAUUUUCAGUCUCAAAUCAGAGGUUUUGUUUUUAAUCAUUAAGGACACUUUUAAAAGCAAUUACAAAGAAAUAUCUAAAAUAUCAAAAUUUGUUAUUUUGUCAACUGUAAAGUAUCUUGUGAGUUUUAUAGAUAUUUUGGCUGUCUUGUGUUUCUUAAGUACAAAUGUCUAUUAAAUUCAGUUCUCUGUGAAAAAUAGAAAGUGUAUUGUAUAUUGAACUAGUUCUUUGUGUUAUUUUGAUAUUUAAAAUAAAUAUAAAGUCCUU